CGCGGUCCGCGCCCCCUUUUUCUUCUUCUUUCCUUCUUUAUCUUCCCCUCGAUUUAAAACCCUCUCUGCGCCGGCUGCCGCCAUCGAUCCAAUUGCCCUCCCUUCUCCUCCAUGCGGUAGCCACCGGCGAUGUCGCUCCUCUCCGCCGCCGCCGCCGCUGCCGCGGUCGCGGUGGCCGUGACCCUUUCUGUGGUCCUUGCUCCCGCCCCGGCAGGCGCCACCGGCUCCGCCUCCACCAUCGCCAUCGUGGCCGACUACAGGAUCGUCUGCGGUGUGUCCUCAGGCUCCGUCCGCAGCGUCCGCUGCGCCCGGCCAGGCGAUGGCGCAUCGUCCUUCCCCAUCAUGCCCAAUAUCUCCUUCCGUUCCAUCUCCGGUGGCAGCGCCACUCUCUGCGGACUGAGGGACGACGGCGCCGCCUUCUUCUGCUGGAACGCAUCGGAUUCUUCCUCUUCGGGGUUACGCCCGAAGCGCGUCUAUAACGGCCCCUCCGCCCUCGAGGAACUCGCCGUUGGUGGGGCCCAGAUCGCCGGUAGCAGUCUCAACGGCUCUGGCAUCCGGUGGUGGCGAGCGAGAGGUCUAUUCGUUCCCCUCGACAACGGUUCUUACCACUCCCUCACCUCCGGCCUCUCCUUUACUUGCGCCGUGAAUGCUAGCAGCUCCGUACGAUGUUGGGGACCUCAUGGCAAUCGUAUCGAAACCGCCUUCGCGCCUUACAACAUAUCGAGCAUAUACGCCGGCGAUUCCGACGCUUGCGGCAUCGGCACCGACGGUCGUGUGAUAUGCAGCAACAACUCCCUAUGGCCUCCUUCCCUUGGAUCAGCGUUCGAGUUCAGUAGCUUCGCGAUAGGUUCGAGCCACGCCUGCGCUGUCAGGCGAACUGGCGGCACGGUGGUCUGCUGGGAACGAGACACGCGCCGUGAGUACGCACCAGUGAACACGACUGCCUUCCAGUUAAUCGUCGCCGGUGGCAAUCUUACCUGCGGCCUAACGACGGCGAACUUUGGUGUGCUUUUUUGCUGGGGAACGAACAGUAGCAACCUUGAGGUGAGGAGGCUUCCUUUCUCAGAUCUUCUACCUGGAAUUUGCACAUCCAACGAGAGUUCUUGCAGUUGCGGGCUGUUCCCCAAUUCGGGAACCCUGUGCUCGGGUUCUGGAGUUAUAUGCAAUCGCUGCGAUAAUCAAACUCAACAAUCAACCCCGCCUCCUCUACUUCCGCCACAGCCGUCGCCGCCGCCUCCUUCAUCCUCUUCAAGGGGGAUUAAUAGGGGGUGGCUAGCGUUCGCAAUCAUUGGGUCGGUCGGUACAUUUGCUGGCUUCUGCUCCAUCGUCUACUGCAUAUGGCUUGGUAUUUGCAGGCGCAAGAAAGUCCACAACUCCGUUCAACCAACGAUUAUAGCCGCAGCAAACGGGGGACCUCACACAGGGCAUUCCUCUGCGGCGGGCGGCCUAUCAACGAGCCCCUUCGGGUCGCCUUCCGCUUCGCGGUCACGAAUCUUCCGGCGCCAGGGUUCGCGGGUGAUGAGACGGCAGAGGAGCGGUCCGUCCUCGUUUAAGGACCGGGCGGAGGAGUUCAGCUUCGUGGAGCUCGCCGCCGCCACCAACAACUUCUCCUUCGAGACCAAAAUCGGGGGCGGCAGCUUCGGCACCGUGUAUAAGGGGAAGCUUGCCGACGGGCGGGAGGUAGCGAUCAAGCGGAGCGAGUCGGGGCCGCGGACGAAGAGGUUCCAGGAUAAGGAGAGCGCUUUCCAGUCGGAGCUUGCCUUCCUCUCUCGCCUCCACCACAAGCAUCUGGUGGCCUUGGUGGGCUACUGCGAGGAGGAGGAGGAGCGCCUCCUGGUCUACGAGUACAUGAAAAAUGGAGCUCUCUACGACCAUCUCCACCCGAAGAACGGCGAAGAGUCCAGCGUAUUGAACUCGUGGAAGAUGAGAAUCAAGGUGCUCCUCGACGCGGCGCGGGGGAUAGAGUACCUCCACAGCUACGCCGUGCCGCCGAUCAUACACCGCGACAUCAAGUCCUCCAACAUUUUGCUCGACGCUAACUGGGUGGCCCGGGUGUCGGACUUCGGCCUCUCCAUGAUGGGGCCAGAGACCGAGGGCGGCCAUCUCUCGACGAGGGCGGCGGGCACCGUCGGUUACAUGGACCCCGAGUACUACGGCUUCCAGCAUUUGACCGUCAAAAGCGACGUCUACGGCCUCGGAGUCGUGAUGCUCGAGGUCCUCACCGGCCGGAGGGCCAUCUUCAAGGACGAUGACGGGAAUCCGACCAGCGUCGUCGAUUACGCCGUGCCUUUCGUUUUAGCCGGUGAUGUCGGUCCGGUGCUCGACGUGCGAAUCGAGCUCCCGUCGCUGCAGGAGGCCGAGGCGGUGGAGCUGGUGGCCUACACCGCCGUCCACUGCGUCAACCUCGAAGGCAAGGAGCGACCGAGCAUGACCGACAUCGUCGCCAAUCUCGAGAGCGCGCUGGCUCUCUGCGAGGAGGGUCAUGACGGCAUUUCCAGUGCCAGCAUCUCUCUUGCUUCGGUAGAUUGAGCUUAAAAAUAUGAUUUUUCCCCUCGAUUCUUCAUUUAAAUUUUGUAUAUGUUUAUUCCUUCUUCUAAUCUGUAAAUGCAUUCUUCCAAUUUCAUAGUUUUUUUUAGACAUGAAAAGAUUUCAGAAUUGAACAAGAGGAGUACCAACAUCUGUUCCAUGA